CCACAUCUCUCUCAUCAUCCUUAACCUAUUCCCUUCUUCUCCUUCUUCCCACUUGCAAUCUCUUUAUCAUACCAACAAUCUAGUUUCAUUUCAGUAUUUCAUCUUCUCCUCUUCUAUACUUGCUUUUUUCCAUUUUCCAACUAAAUGGAGGAAACUUUGGUGCCAAAGAGGCCUAGAGAAGAAGCCCAAGUGGAAAGAGGCUUGGACUUUGAAGAAGAUUACUCCUCCUCAAAGAGGCACAAGCCAUACAACCACAUCCUAUCCCUUCUUGAUUCGGAGGAAGAGGACUCAACACAAGACCUCUCCCCUCUCAUGACAACCCUCCAACAAGAAAUCACUUGUGCCUCGAAAAAUACCCAAGAUGCCCUUUUAGUGUGCCCAACUCAAGAAAAUGACCAAAACACCCUCACGAUCAGUAGUUUAGAGGACAAUAAUGCAACAACCUCACAAGUUUUGAAGGAAGAGGAAGAGAAUGACAAGGAGAGGGUCAUGAGACACCUCCUUCAAGCCUCUGAUGAUGAACUUGGGAUUCCAAAUAGUGGGGAUGGGUUAUGGGGUUUUGAAGAUAAUGAAUUUACUAGCGGGGAUGGAUUUUCUUCUUUGUGUGACAAGAUGUGGGAGCUUGAAGAUGAGAGAGCUAACUACUAUGAUUUCUUGCAAUCUGAACUCUUCCUAGGGGGGGGGGGAAUAUAAAUAUUAGACAAUUUCUUUUUCCAAUUCUUAAUUUCUUAUCAUCUCUUUUUUAGUUUUUACCAACAUUGGAUGGAGUUGGGAAUGUGGGUGGCUUGUUUGCUCCGUGACCGAAACGGACUCUAUUGCAGUUGAAAUGGCUGGACCACAAAUAAAGGAUAAAUAAAUCUCAAAAAAUUAUAAUUGUAA